AGUGUAACUUUCUAACUUAUAAUUGUACUCUGUUCUUGAUUAUACUCCCUCAUUUCACACCUUUCCUUCCAAUGGCAAAGCAAGUAUCGUUCAUUUUCCGCCAAAACCCUAAGCCCUGUUUCCGACACUUUUCAACCAAUUCCGAACCCCAACAACAGCAACAAUUGAUCACAAAAGUUGCUGGGGAAGUUUGUGAGAUCAUUCGCACUCGCCCCAGAUGGGAGAAUACACUAAUCUCUCUUUUCCCAUCCUUCAAUUUCUUGGACACCAGAUUCUUCAAUGAGGUACUUCGACUUCAAAACAAUCCAUUUCUCUCUCUUCGUCUCUUCAAUUGGCUUGAAUCCCAAUCUGGGUUUUCCCUUGAUCCCAUUUCAUGUAAGUCUUUGUUUACUUCCCUUGUUGAAUGUAAUGCUUCUGUUGUUGCGAAAUCGAUUUACGACUCGUUUCCUCAGUUUAACCAUGAGCCGGAUUCAGUUGAGUCUUUGAUUUGUUGUUUGUGUAAUGAUGGGUUUGUUAAUGAGGCUGUUGAUUUGUUUGAGAAGUUGAAAUCAUUGGGGCAUCGCCCAUCUAUUGUUACUUGGAAUGCCGCCUUUGCCGGGGCGGUUCGGGAUAAGAGAACUGAUAUUGUUUGGAGUUUGUAUGGGGAGAUGAUGGAUUGUGGGGUUGUUCUAAAUGUGGAGACUGCUGGGUAUUUGAUUCAAGCUUGUUGUAUUGAUAACAAUGCUGAGGGGGGUUAUGAGCUUCUUCGCCAGAUUCGGAAGGAUGGGGUUGUUCCUGAUACUGUUGCUUUGAAAAGAUUGAUAAGUGGAUUUUCUAUGGAUGGAAAGUAUGAUAGGGUUUCAGAGCUUUUGCAUCUGAUGGUUGAAACAAAUCAUCACCUUGAUAUUUUUACUUAUCAAGAAAUAAUUCAUGGUCUUUGCAAGUGUGGGAGAGUGGGUGAAGGGUAUCGAGUUUUUAAUGAGCUCAAGGCUAGAGGGUAUGCUCCGGAUAGGGUGAUGUAUACGAUAAUGAUUCAUGGGCUUUGUCAGUUAAAAUGGAUUGAGAAAGCUAGGGGUUUGUGGGUUGAAAUGAAAGAAAAAGGUAUACCUCCAAAUGAGUAUACUUAUAAUGUGCUUAUUCGUGGAUAUUGUCGAAUCUAUGAAGUUGAAGAGGCUUUAAAGUUGCUAAAGGAGAUGUGUGAUAGAGGUUAUAGGCUGAACACUGUGAAUUAUAACACCUUGAUUGCUGGAUUGUGCAUGAAUAGAAGGACAAAGGAAGCUUGUGACUUGUUUGAAGAAAUGUCUCAGAGUGGUGUUGUACCUGAUGUAAUUACAUACAACUCUCUUAUCCGGGGCCUCUGUAAGGAUGGACAGUUGGCUAAGGGUCAGGUGUUCUUUGAAGAGCUUUUGGCACAAGGAUUGACGCCUACAAAUUCAUCCUAUACACCUUUUAUUGAACAACUUUGUCGUCUGGGAAGAACUCAGCAAGCAUUAGAGCUGUUGACAGAUAUGAUGAACAGAGGGGUUGAACCUUCAAUAUACAACCGGGAAUGUAUUGUAGAUGGAUUGUGCAAGGAAGGAUCACCAAUUGAUGGGAUGCGUUGGUUGUCUGAGAUGCUAGAUAGAAAGCUUAUUCCAAGACGGAAGGUCUUUCUGGGACUCAUUAAAUGCCUUGUUCAGCAAGAUAAGCUGGAGUCUGCACUAAUUGUUGUGAACUCUAUGCUACCAGUAGGGUAUAUGCUUGGGAAAUUUUUAUCCCGUUCCCUUGUUAGUAAAUUUUGUAGUACUAAUUCAAACCAUGUUGAGAUGCUUCUCCAAGAUAUCAUAUCCAGUAGCCAAGUUUCCUAGCUAUUUGUGCUGAUGCAUUAUCUGAGAUAGAUUUGUUACUGUCUAUGGUCUUUCUUGCUCAAGCAUGGAGGCGAAGACAUGUUAUAUGGUACACUGUCCUUAUUAAGCUAUAGUGCUGCUAGUGUGACUGUUUGCUCCAUUAGUGGCUCAGCAUAUAUGCACAACCUUGAUGUUAUGAUUACUCAUUGUCACCAUCGUUAAUUUGGACCUCUUUGCUCAGGAAGGAACUGUCUUUGUAGAGGUCUUUCCCUUUUUCACUUGUCCAACUCAAAUUUUCUUGGUGGUGAUCAACGGUUGUAUGUGGACUCUCAACUCUUUGCUUUGAUGUGAUGCAAUGCGCAGGCAAACAGAUUAAAGUGGCAGUGAGCUAUUGACAAGUACUUGUAUUUCUUAUUGUCUUUCUUUCACAAAACAACUUCUCCAAUAUACAAAGAACUACACAGUAUAUUGCACCAACCAAGCUAUUUCCUCAGAAAUUACUUAUGCAGAAGAAAUACUGGUUUACUGGUAACCCAUACUACAGUGAUAUGAGUGAUUUCUCUUGCCCUCUUGCCAUGGUAUUUUACGCUGCUAUUUAUGGACCUCAUCACGAAAUAGUCUAUUGCUUAAUGCACUUAACACCCUUUGUGCAUACCUAGACAUUUGAGUCAAUUCAUCUGGCAGAUUGGAGCUUUACACAUGUUGAGUAUCAAUCCUACAUUGGGGAAGGAAGAACUCCUAAAGGACUAGGUCAGUACAAACCACCUCAGGUAUCUGUUAAAAUUUAUAUACACAUUUCAGAAAAAGUAAGAUAUCUCUCUCUACAUGCUUUCUUUGGUCCUAUGCUCUUCCUGUCCCUCUCAGCUUAAAAUUCGCUGUCUUUUUUAAUCUCAUCAUGUUGUGCACUUCCCAGUUUAAUGCCGCGCUGUUGGACUUCUUAGGCCGCCCCAAUGCUCAAGCUUCUCAAGAUAGGAUAUCUUCUUGUUUUCUGGAGUCUUUGCCAUAAUCUUUUCAUGAUCAUGCUCUUUCAGGUAUUCAUCAAAAUCACUACCUGGGUUCUUCUUUGCUUCUCCCUGGUCGAUAUUCCAUCCCAUAAAAUCCAGUAAUGUCAUGGAUGUUGGUGUCCCUGGUGUAAGAUUCUCUUCUGGUUCACUCCCUGAUGAUGAUUUUACUGCUAAAGCAUCAGCAUAAACGACAUCAUCUACCCGAUUCAAGAUGGCAGCAGCCAAACUUUCUAGUACCCUUGAGUAGCUCUCUAGUACCGCGUGUCCCACAUCCUGUAAAACACAAAAGUAAAAAUAUCCAGAUUGUUAGAGACUAUGUUUGGAAUUUGUAUCAGAAACUUGCUGAAUAAAAUGAAAUGAUCUUGGUCAGUUACCUUGUU